AGACAUAGACGAGUUCGGUUGUGCGUUGUUUUUUGACCUGCGCUCAGAUGCACGCCUUACGUAUUCUUUGCUCAAAUGAAGCUUAUAAUCGCAAUUGCGUGAAAGGAAAUAAUCAUUGGAUGCUAUUUAUAAUACGUUUUUUGAACUUCAAAAGUGAAGUAUGAAUAAAAGCUACUAGCUCAAAGUGCUGUUAGUGACAAUAACGAGGGCCUUGAAAUCGUGCCUCAAUGCUGUGAUAUUUCAUUGCUUCGUGAACAGUGAAGAAACGUCUCCCAUGAGACUUCGCUACAUAUACGUUAAGAAGAUUCAUCGCUCGAUUCAUAAAACCGGUUUCAAUCAAUUGCAUUCAACAGUUUUUUUCUUGGCGCAACCGAUAAGCGAAUUUAUUACCCACCACCACAGUCAAUGCUUCAUGGUUGUAAGGUGUGCAGUGAGUGAUUCACUGGAAUUCGAUUUAUGGCAUGUGUCUUGUAUUCGACGUAACAGUUGUUGACCUUAAUGAGUGAAUGUACCUAAGAAAAUUAUCCCAGUGAGUCAUCUAGCAAAUUAAUAUUCGUGAUUUGAAAUGGAUUCUAUCGGUGAAGCCCAAUGCAGUAGUGAACUUAUUUUGCUCGUAGUAUUACGAAGUGCGACUUAUUCGACCAUCGAAAAAAUUUUGUUUGUAAAAUUAUAAAUGAGUGUCUCAGACGCAGUGCCAUCUGAGGUAACACCUUUGAAGAAAAGCAAUCAAGUGUUGUCACACGGUGUGAACAAUACACAAUUCCAGCAGCAGCAACAGGCAGUGAUUGAGCUCGCUAGCGGCAAUAGCACCGGCAGCAGCAAUAGCAAUAGUGCAGUAUCCAAUCCAAGUAGUGAAGUGCCUAUCGUCGACCAUAAUCAUAACGGUACAAUGGAUGACACUAAACGAAUAUUAGUCCGAGUGGGAAUUGAUUUUAUCAUCCUCUGCUGUGUCGGAUUCCCCAUUCUGAUAUUUUACCUCAUCGGUCACCCAUACAAGCGAGGAUUUUUCUGUGACGAUGAGUCACUGAUGCAUCCAUUUCACGAAUCGACUGUCACGAAUUGGAUGUUGUACAUCAUUGGUCUCGCAGUUCCCAUCCUAGUGAUAAUCUUCACCGAGUUGGCACGGGCGCACGUGAAAAAGUCGGAUACACAGCCACUGAAGGUAUACAACCUCACGAUUCCAUACUGGGUUGUUGAAGCAUACAAAUCAAUCGGCAUGUUUGGUUUCGGGGCCGCCUGCAGUCAGCUGCUAACCGACGUGGGGAAGUAUACCAUUGGGCGAUUGCGACCACAUUUUCUAUACGUUUGCAGACCCGUGAUGCCAGAUGGAACUACCUGUAAGGACGAAGUGAACCGAUAUCGUUACAUAGAAGAAUUUAGCUGCACAAGUGAACAAUCGACUGCCCGAAUGCUAAAGGAGAUGCGAUUGUCAUUCCCUAGCGGUCAUUCCAGUUUUUCCAUGUACACCCUCAUUUAUUGCGCAAUCUAUCUUCAGUCACGAAUGAACUGGAGAGGCUCAAAGCUGUUGAAACACUUUCUUCAAUUCCUGCUAAUUCUACUGGCAUGGUUCACCUGUUUAAGUCGUAUCUCUGACUACAAACAUCACUGGUCUGAUGUGCUUGCUGGAGCCGUACUUGGAUCUACAGUUGCCAUAGUUAUUUCAAACUACUGUACCGACUUAUUCGAUGCACACAGAAAACUAGCGGCUACACUGCCCCAGACACGCUAUGAACUGAGUUCGAACCACGCCACUUCCAACGGUAACCAGCAGCCGUAAUAGUUGUUGAUAGUAGUUUAUGUUCUGCAGAAUGUGUAACUAUGAACGAUUUUAAAUCAGAUUCAUAUUUUGCAGGCGCUCGCAAUGAAAGAUUCAACUACUUUUCUUGUAUAGAAAUAUUCUUAAUUUAUUAUUUGUUAGUUUUCAGAAACAACAAAAUCACUGAUAACAGAUAGAAAGCUAUUUAUUAGAAUCAUAAUGGAUAAGUUAGAGCUGCAUUUAUAAGAUACGUUCUGAAAUCAGUUUAAGGCAAAACAUUAAGUUAAAAGAAGCAAGUAGCUAAUAGUGUGUAGGUAUUGUUAUUACCACCCACAUGGUGCGACGAAAUUGUAUUUUUCUACCUAAAAAUAAACCAUCGUUUUACAUAUUA